AUGAAAGCAGCUGUGGGGAAUAUGGAAUGUUCCACUGCUUUUCCCUCCCGGCCUCUCAGCAGAGUGGUUUUGACCGGCAGUACCCACAGCGACGAGCUGGGAGGAGUCUGUCUGGUGAGGGAGUGGCUGAGGCAGGGCGACGCCCCCUUUCUGCACCAGCGCAGCUUUGGAGCUCAGACACUGCUAGCCAAUCCCAGAGCAACCAAGCAGAACAGGAGAUACCUGGAGACAGACCUGAACAGGUGCUUCACAGCAGAGAUAUUGAGCCCCCCCCCCUCCCCCUCCGACCACUAUGAAGUGGUCCGAGCUCAGGAGCUGGAUGCAGCGCUGGGUCCGAAGGGCAACGACUGCUCAGUGGACUUCAUCUGUGAUCUUCACAACACCACUUCUAAGAUGAGAUCCUGCUUGAUCACUGCACCAGACUACCUGUCAAUGCACACUAGUGUCUCCACAGACCCAUGCAGAGUGAUUUCAAUCAAACCAGAAAUUCCAUCCUUCUCAUUGAUGUCAAUCGCCAAGCACAUUACUCUUGAAAUUGGUCCCCAGCCCACAGGACUAAUUCGAUCAGAUAUCUGCAACAUGAUGAGACGUCUCGUAGGACAUGUCCUGGACUUUAUAGAACUAUUCAACCAGGGUCAGUCUGUGUGUCUUUGUAUUUGUGUCGGUCGGUCUGUCUGUCUGUGUCUACAUCUCUCUAAUUUCAACUGCCUCUGCUUGUGUCUCUGCAUGACUCUGUCUGUCUGCAUGUCUAUCUGUCCCCUCCUCUCCUCUGCAGUGUUUUGA